ACACACACACACACACACACACACACACACACACACACACACACACACACAGGUGAGAGUUAGUCAACACGGUACAAAGGUCACCUCUUCAGGAGCUACAGGUGAGCCAGGUCACAUGACGUCUGUCCUGCCCCGUGAUAGGCUGGAGCUGUGGUGUCAACAGGUGGUCACCUGGCAACCAGGUGAGACACAGAAGAACCGGAAGUAAAACCGUCAGACGGAGAAGAAGAAAGACAAGAGACCAAGCCAAGCGAGGACAAGAGGGUUUUAGAGGAGCUGAGGCCGGAAGAGACAAUUAAAGGACAGAGGAGGAAGAAGAGGAGGAAGAGGAGUGAAAGAAGAAGUCAGAGUAGGAGGAGGAGUUGGAGGAGGAGUGAGAGGAGGAGGAGUGAGAGGAGGAGGAGUGAGAGGAGUGAGAGGAGGAGAUGGAGCGCAGCGUGAUCCAGCUGAGUCACUGUGAGAAGUUCAUCUUCUGCUUCUCGUUGCCGGACGAGUGUCCGAGCUGCGGAGAGGAGCUGGAGGGGAAGCGCCUGCAGGAGGCGCCAGUGAGCCUCCCCUCCCCCUUCACCAACGGACAUAACCGCUCCUGCUCCCUGCUGGUCACACCUGCACAGGACAACCUGCACAGAGACUUUGAUGGGACUUCAGAUCUGCACACAGGCAUCUCCAACUCUAAAGGAGUUGUGUAUAACUACACUCAGGGCGGGGUGCAUAGGGACCAGAGUGGAUGGGAGCACUGUGUCAGUGUUCCUCUGGUCCGACCUGACAUGUACCCCCUGCUGGCUCAGUGGGACCAGUACCUGGACCACUUCUCUGAUGGACCCAUGUGGGACCCUGCAUGGCACAGGUUCCACGAGGACGACCAUAACUGCUUCAGCUUCUGUCUCGGCUUUGUGAACAGCGUCCUGGCCGUGGAGGGGCGGAGCUCUGUGACCAGAGAGACGUUCACUCACACCUACAUCCUGCCGAAGAUGAAGAGAGUCUCAAAAUUCACCACGUUGUACCAACACAUCCAGAAACACCAGUACUACGUGGUGGACAGAAAGAAAGACAGACAGGAGGACAGACAGGAGGAUGUCCCCACCUGUGUUGGGCAGUCAUCCGAUAACUCUUUUCAGUACCUGUAAUGUGAGGGAUACAAUCUGAGAGUUAAUCACUGUUGGACUGAGGGUUGGUCUGUGGGUUAAAUUAAAGUGUGGACACCCGACCUGAGACAGUCAGACCCAUCAGGACCAGUUAGGACCCAACAGACCCAGUCAGACCCAUCAGGACCAGUUAGGUUCUGUCAGCUGGGUUUGUACAGAUAUUCUGGUUGAGAUCUGGUUGGGUCCCUAUCUACGUCUGUAGCCGGGGAGACAUCGUCCAUCAUGAAGAGAACAUGGGGUUCACUGCACUCUGUGUGUGUAUGAGUGUUCUAACUAACUGUCAGAGUUUGAAAAUAAAGGAGAAGCUCUUCGAAGCUGCAGCUGUUCACCACCAGGGAGCGUGGUGUAUAUGCAUACAUAUAUAUAUGCCAUUAUACUGAGAUCUACGGUGGAUUAAGGCUGCCUGGUGUAUAAUGCAGCAGCAAGAAAUCAUUGGACAUUAACAAAGAAUUGAAACAGUAGAAAAUAAACAAUAUUAACAA